CAGGGGGCGCUGCCGCCGCCCCGGGAAGCGCCGCGGCCAUGGCGGACGGGUUCGGGCGCCCGGCGCCGCCGCCGCAGACGGGCUGGGAGCGGCUCCGGGAGCUGUGGAGUCGCGACGAUCAGCAGCAGUACCCGGAGGAGGUGGUGAACAUCAUCAAGUCGGCCUUCACUGGCGGCGUGGUCGGCUGGGUGUACGGCGGCGUGCCCGCCUUCCACCAGGCACGGAGGGCCUUCAUCGAGCGCAGCCAGGGCGAGCUCUUCCAGAACCAAGCCGAUGCGGUGCAAUCUGCGCAUCGUGCGGGUCUCAGGAGUUUCAUUCGCUAUGGCUGGCGCUGGAGCUGGAGAGUAGCAGCUUUUGUGGCAAUAUUCAACUCUGUGAGCGCCAGUCUGUCUGCGUACCGCAAUAAAACCACCGUCGGUAAUUAUGCUACAGCAGGAGCCUUCACAGGAGCCCUUUUCAGAAUGCACUUGGGCCUGCAAGGACUGGCCGGUGGCUUCAUCUUUGGAACGGCCUUUGGGAUCCCUGCAGGGGGGCUCAUAAUGUUCAUCCAAAAACUUGCUGGUGAGACCUUGCAGGAGAAGAGAAAUCGUGAGCGCAGGGAGCAGUAUGAGCAGAAGUUAGCAGAGUGGCAGUCCAGGCUUAGUGUGACUGAAGUCUUGGGCCAAACGGAAAGCAACACCCUGGAAGGACCGCAGAUGGAGACAGCAAAAGAAUCUAGGAGCUGCUGAGUCUUCCCCAAAGUCUCUGUGAUAAGCAACUACAAAGUAUUUUGAUUUUGCUUGUAAAAGUCUUCAGUGAAGGGGUCAUGGAAGUCUUCUGUGUGCAUGUGAAUGCAGAUGUAUCCAUUGCACCUUGGAAAAAGCAGUUUGCCCCAAACAUUUUUCGUGGAUGCACAUCACUGCACAAGAGCUCGGAAAGGCCAAACCUCUUCCACUUCAGAAAGUGGACGUGUAGACUCUCCAGACUAGCAAGUGUCAGCUAGGUUUGGCUGGGGAUGAGGGCAGCCCCAGGGCCUCUUCUAGAACCUGUUUCACUGCUGACAGUGUCCAAGCCAUUGGCGAUGUAGAAAUACUGAAGGUAAAGGAGCCUGUUAAUAGUUCGGAUGCUAAAGGUACCCCGAUUCCAAAAAUCUGAUCGUGUUCUGGUGCGAGCUGUGCUACAGACAGCACCCGAAGACUUUGCUGUCAGCACAGCACGAGCAGCACCGGAGCGAGCGUUCCUUCUGCUCUCACCAUCACCUUCCCACACCUUGACUUUGCCUGGCAGGGACCGAUUCUCUUUUGCUGAUGGUGGUUUCUUCAGGCUUUUUGCAGAAAAACACGCUCGUCUCCUUGGCUACUGAGGGUAUUUCACAAUCAGUGCUGAGGAAGGGUGGAGGAGCUGGGAGAGAGAAGGAAAUACCCUGAAAAAGACACGGUUUGGGUUGCUCAGUUAAAGUGUGGCUGAGAGGAGCCACAUAAAGGCUCCUUUUUUAUUUCUGGUGGUCAUGGUGGAAGAAUUGACACCUUGGACAGAUUUAACAGCAAUAAAAAGUUCUCUAAUUUCAUUUUUAAGGUUGGAAAUUAGGGGAUUGCGUUUGGGGGAAAUGACAUUUGGGCUUCGUGACAUUCAAUAAAGCCAUCUGGCAGUGGUGACUGUA